AAUAAAGUCGUAGGGGAGGUGCGGCGCCCGCCCCAUCCCUUUAUCCAGUACGCGUGCCUGAACUAAGGGGUCGUCUGAACCUCCACUGGAGCCACUGGCCAGGACAGAGCCUGAGAGGCUGAGAGGUGUUUUUGUGGCGUGCGUUUGAGGUGUUUCUGUCUUGAGGGCUCCCCCUAACCCAGCACAGCCACCAUGGAUGAUGUCUAUAAAGCAGCGGUUGAGAACUUAACAGAAGAACAGAAAAAUGAGUUCCGUGCUGCCUUUGACAUCUUCGUGCAGGAUGCGGAGGACGGCUGCAUCAGCACCAAGGAGUUGGGCAAGGUGAUGAGGAUGCUGGGCCAGAACCCCACCCAGGAAGAGCUGCAGGAGAUGGUGGAUGAGGUAGACGAGGACGGCAGCGGCACAGUAGACUUCGAUGAGUUCUUGGUCAUGAUGGUGCGCUGCAUGAAAGAGGAGAGCAAAGGAAAGUCCGAAGAGGAGCUCGCAGAAGUAUUCCGCAUGUUUGAUAAAAACGGCGACGGCUACAUCGAUUUAGACGAGUUGAAGCUCAUGCUGGAGUCAACAGGUGAGGCCAUCACAGAGGACGACAUCGAGGAGCUAAUGAAGGACGGCGACAAGAACAACGACGGCAAGAUCGACUAUGAUGAGUUCCUCGAGUUCAUGAAGGGCGUGGAAUAAAAAGGGAACGGGAACCAAGUUGGCUCAUCACCCUGCAAUGGCACUCCGUCUUCAGUAAAGAACACCCGGAAGAUUCUCCACCAUUUGGCAUGACUGAAAAAAAAAAAAAGUCCAAAAAUAUUUUCUAACACUGAAAGCUCAAAAUCUCCGUUCAGUUUGCCAUUUGUUACUUCUGUAAAUAAUGACCACACAUCGCUUCCAUCAUUUUUUUUGAUGCAAUAAAAACUCAAUUGGUUUGGCUACAGGGUCAUGAUAUUGAAUGACCUAGGCCAAGGAAAAAGAAAAAGUAUUGAAUAGUAAUCAGAAUCACAAUAAAAGCUGUUUAACUUUUUAAA